AUGGCUUGGCAGUUUCUUGCCCCUGAUAAUUCCCGGCCCUUAUACUCCUAUACACGUAGCAUUGUUAGUGAAGAGUUGCAAAAGGGACGUGGCAGCCUAGCCCACCGCCGCCCACUGUUGGGUCUGGGGUGCCCACCGCCGCCCACUGUUGGGUCUGGGGUGCCCACCGCCGCCCACUGUUGGGUCUGGGGUGCCCACUACUGGGCCUGGGGUGCCCACCGCCGCCCACUACUGGACCUGGGGUGCCCACCGCCGCCCACUACUGGACCUGGGGUGCCCACCGCCGCCCACUACUGGACCUGGGGUGCCCACCGCCGCCCACUACUGGACCUGGGGUGCCCACCGCCGCCCACUGUUGGGUCUGGGGUGCCCACCGCCGCCCACUACUGGACCUGGGGUGCCCACCGCCGCCCACUACUGGACCUGGGGUGCCCACUGCCGCCCACUGUUGGGUCUGGGGUGCCCACCGCCGCCCACUACUGGACCUGGGGUGCCCACCGCCGCCCACUGUUGGGUCUAAGGUGCCCACCGCCGCCCACUACUGGACCUGGGGUGCCCACCGCCGCCCACUGUUGGGUCUGGGGUGCCCACCGCCGCCCACUGUUGGGUCUGGGAUGCCCACCGCCGCCCACUACGGACCUGGGGUGCCCACCGCCGCCCACUACUGGACCUGGGGUGCCCACCGCCGCCCACUACUGGACCUGGGGUGCCACUGCCGCCCACUACUGGACCUGGGGUGCCCACCACCGCCCACUACUGGACCUGGGGUGCCCACCGCCGCCCACUACUGGACCUGGGGUGCCCACCACCGCCCACUACUGGACCUGGGGUGCCCACCACCGCCCACUGUUGGGUCUGGGGUGUCCACCGCCACCCACUACUGGACCUGGGGUGCCACCGCCGCCCACUACUGGACCUGGGGUGCCCACCGCCGCCCACUACUGGAUCUGGGGUGCCACUGCCGCCCACUACUGGACCUGGGGUGCCCACCACCGCCCACUACUGGACCUGGGGUGCCCACCGCCGCCCACUGUUGGGUCUGGGGUGUCCACCGCCGCCCACUACUGGACCUGGGGUGCCCACCGCCGCCCACUGUUGGGUCUGGGGUGCCCACCGCCGCCCACUGUUGGGUCUGGGAUGCCCACCGCCGCCCACUACUGGACCUGGGGUGCCCACCGCCGCCCACUACUGGACCUGGGGUGCCCACCGCCGCCCACUACUGGACCUGGGGUGCCACUGCCGCCCACUACUGACCUGGGGUGCCCACCACCGCCCACUACUGGACCUGGGGUGCCCACCACCGCCCACUACUGGACCUGGG